UUCCGGACGUGACGUCAUUUCUCAUAGCGACAGCUGAUGUUGAAAUAAGCGUCUCUCCCGUAACUUGCCAUCGGAAUACAUGUCAUUGCAAAGUUUAUCAAGGGUCGCUUUAGUGUAACAAAGACGGACAACAUGUUGCGGAGGGGAAGCGGGCCGCUGCUAUGGCUUUCCCUGCAAGCUGCGCUCGUCCUGGUUAGCUGUUUCACCGACAUGGAAACGGGGCCUGGUGCAGGCGUAUCAACGCAGCCGAACGGAGAUAGGUUCAAAAUUGAGGGAAGAGCGAUAGUACCCGGCCUGAAAACACAAGACUGGGUCUCCACGGCCAGAGUCCUCGUGGAGGGCGAGGAAUACGUGGGGUUUCUGAGAACUGAUGGGAGUUUUGCUGUGAAUGACAUCCCUUCAGGAUCUUAUGUUGUGGAAGUUGUUACCCCUACAUAUAGGUUCGAACCCGUACGCGUCGAUAUCACUUCCAAGGGGAAAAUGAGGGCGCGUCUUGUGAACUACAUAAAGACGUCAGAGGUGAUUCGUCAGCCUUAUCCACUUCAGGUCCGAGCUGUUGGUCCUCACAGCUACUUCAUGAAGAGGGAAACCUGGGGCUGGACAGACUUCCUCAUGAACCCAAUGGUGAUGAUGAUGGUUUUACCUCUGCUCAUAAUUGUUCUGCUGCCUAAAGUGGUCAACACCAAUGACCCAGAGAUGAGAAAGGAAAUGGAGCAGUCCAUGAACAUGCUGAACCCCAACCCUGAGCUUCCAGACGUCUCUGAGCUCAUGACCAAGCUCUUCUCUGGCGGCUCCAAGGGUCCCAGCAAGGCAGGCAGCAGCAGCAAGGGCAGCAGGCCAGCAGCCAAGAGGAGGUAGUACUGUACACGCCUGCUGGAGCUGACGUACUACAUCCAAGCAAGAUUUUUAAAGUGUCAUGUUUUUUUUCCCCCCUUGUGCAUUUGGGUCUGCUGUACAGAUUUCUCUAUCAUUAAAUGUUCUGAGCACACCACCAUUUCUAAUGUACUGUCUGAAACGGAGCGAAACAUUUUUGUCUCAAGGUGCACUGAAGGCAGUGUCUGCAAAAGCUGUUAUUCCUACUUUGCUCUAUACAUACUUGCUACGUGUAACAACCUUUUGUCGUCCUACUUGAGUAUUUUUCCCACUGCUGCUAAAUUCUUCUAUCUAAAAAAAAAAAGAGCCUAUAUACAUAUUUAGAGAUUUUUUUUUUUUUCUUAGACGGUUUUGGUCAUCCGACUGUGAAUGAAGAUGAAUUGAAAUUUUAAGAUGACAAAUUCUUAUUUAAAAGUAUAAAUAAAUAAAUUAAAAUGCUAUAUAAGUGGUUUUUGUUUAUUUGAGGAAAUCUGAUUUUGUUUGGGAGUAAACGCAUGACCUCGUUCUAUGAAUAAUUAUGGCGUACUGUAUGCUUACAACUCAAACUGUACAUCAUGUGCCUGAGGUGUAAAAAAUUAAAGCGAUAGUGGUUGACGGUUUAGAGAGUGUGUGGUUUCUGUUGGAGUUUUGCUGGUUUUGCUUUUUAAUAAAAUGGGGAGUAAAAUCUAUUAUUAAAAUCAUUAACACGUG